AUGAAUGACUCUCCAGGUGGCCUCCUGCAGCUCAUAGCCUUCAACAAUCUUUCUGACGAGGGCCGCGCAAUCUUCCUCCCGGCCACAGGCUUCUUGCUGGGCAUUGUGACGAACUGGCUGGCCAUCCUCCUGGUCUUCAAGCCUUGCUUCCCAACACCCAUCCGGAUCUGUGGCUGGCACAUCUGCAACAUCCAGGGUCUCUUCCUGAAGCGACAGCCUGAGGUCUGCGUGCUCUAUGCCAAGAUGUUGAAGGAGAACUUCCUCUCCUUCAACAAGAUCAUCGGCUAUCUGCAGACGCUCCCUGAGCUUUGGGAGAAGCUGAAGGCAGCGUAUGUGGCACACUCCACGGCCGUGCUUCGGGAGACCCUAGGCUCAGCCACCUGGUUCGCGCAGUGGACCAUCGGCUAA